UGUUUUCCAGGGUGCCUGACGAUUCAGAUUCGCACUGUCUUGUGUAUUUUCAUAGUGGUCUUAAUCUAUUCAGUGGCCCAAGGAUGUGUGGUGGGCUGCCUGCCCUGGGCCUGGACCUCCAAGCCCAAUAGUUCCCUGGUGAUCCUCUCGUCCAGGGGUCAGCGCACAGCCCUGCCUGCACUGCCCUGCGAGUCUGUACACCAUGCCCUGAUCUGCUGCCUGGUGGGCACCCUCCCGCUAGCCAUAUUCCUGCGGGUGUCCUCCUUGCCAAAAAUGAUCCUGCUGUCUGGGCUCACCACGUCCUACAUCCUCGUUCUUGAGCUCAGCGGAUACACCAGAGCUGGGAGCGGCGCUGUCUCUGGGCGCAGCUAUGAGCCGAUCGUGGCCAUCCUGUUAUUCUCCUGUGCGCUGGCCCUGCACGCCAGGCAGGUGGACAUCAGGCUGCGGCUGGACUACCUCUGGGCUGCGCAGGCAGAAGAGGAGCGAGAGGACAUGGAGAGGGUGAAGCUGGACAACAGGAGGAUCCUCUUCAACCUCCUGCCGGCCCACGUCGCCCAGCACUUCCUCAUGUCCAACCCCCGGAACAUGGACCUCUACUACCAGUCCUACUCCCAGGUGGGCGUCAUGUUUGCCUCCAUCCCCAACUUCAAUGACUUCUACAUCGAGCUGGAUGGCAACAACAUGGGGGUGGAAUGUCUGCGGCUCCUUAAUGAGAUAAUUGCCGACUUUGAUGAGCUCAUGGAAAAAGACUUUUACAAGGACCUGGAGAAGAUCAAGACCAUUGGGAGCACCUACAUGGCUGCAGUAGGGCUGGCGCCCGCCUCCGGAGCCAAAGCUAAGAAGUCCAUCUCCUCCCACCUGAGCACAUUGGCGGACUUUGCCAUCGAGAUGUUUGAUGUCCUUGAUGAAAUCAACUACCAGUCAUACAAUGACUUUGUCCUUCGAGUCGGCAUCAACGUUGGCCCCGUGGUGGCCGGAGUGAUUGGCGCUCGCAGGCCCCAGUAUGACAUCUGGGGAAACACAGUCAAUGUGGCCAGUCGGAUGGACAGUACUGGGGUCCAGGGCAGAAUCCAGGUGACUGAGGAAGUCCACCGGCUGCUGAGAAGGUGCUCCUACCACUUUGUGUGCCGAGGCAAAGUCAGUGUCAAGGGCAAAGGCGAGAUGUUGACAUACUUUCUAGAAGGCAGGACUGAUGGAAACGGCUCCCAUCUCAGGUCCCUAGGCUUGGAGCGGAAAAUGGGUCCAUAUGGGAGAGCUGGCCUUCAGGGCAGACGCCCCCCGGUGUGUCCCACUGGCCUCCCGGGCAGAGCUGGGCUCCCCUCUCACUCUGCGGGCCAGUACUUGCCCUCCACAACAGCUGGGAAGGAGGCCUAGUGGAGCUUAUGCUGGCCUCUGGGGGUGCACACAGAGCAAGAAUGCUCUGGAGGCUACACAGGCCACAGUGGCUCCAGCCAGGACUAGCCAGACCAUCUGAGCAGGGAGCCAGCGGUGGGCUGCAGAAGGAGCAUUGUCCAGGUGUGGCCUGUGGCCUGAGGGCCAGCCACCCAGGAGAAGCAGCACGGCAGUGAUUUGGUGAGGCCUGCACACACUUCUAGGCCGUGGGAGAGAUGUGUCCACUCCAUCUUUCCUUCAGGGGCAUAGG